UCCCGAGGUUUUAAGUGCCAGGCUUGAGAUGGAGGUGCUGCCUCUUUGGCUGUGCCUGAGUGUACACUUCCUGACCAUGGAAUGGAGGAACAGAAGUGGGCUAACCACUGCAGCUUCCCAAGCAGGUUGCAAGGUGGUAGGUGGAGUUGUUGACUGCCGAGGACAGAACCUGGCCUCGGUGCCCAGCGGCUUGCCACCCCAUUCUCAGACGCUCAUGCUGGAUGCCAACCCCCUGAAGACCCUGUGGAAUCACUCGCUGCAGCCCUACCCGCUCCUGGAGACGCUCAGCCUGCAAAGGUGCCACUUGGAGCGCGUGGGCCGCCGCGCUUUCGGGAUGCAGCGCCGCUUGCUCAGCCUGGGCCUGGCGGACAACCGCCUGUCCGCGGACCACAGGGAGACGGCGGCGGCUCUGCGCACGCUGCCGGGGCUGCGGACCCUCGACCUGUCGGGCAACUCCUUGACGGAGGACAUGGCUGCCCUGAUGCUUCGGAACCUCCCCGCCCUGGAGGCCGUGUCCCUGGCGAGGAACGCGGUCAUGAGGCUGGAUGAGUCGGUCUUCGAGGGCCUGCAGCGCCUGCGGGAGCUGGAUUUGCAGAGCAACUACAUCUUCGAGAUCGAGGCCGGCGCUUUUGAUGGCUUGCCGGCGCUCAGCAACCUCAACCUGGCCUACAACAACCUCCCGUGCGUCGUGGACUUCAGCCUCACCCAGCUGCGCUUCCUCAACGUCAGCUACAACAGCCUGGAGUGGUUCCUGGCCGCCAGGGCCGAGGUGGCCUUUGAGCUGGAGGUGCUGGACUUGUCCCACAACCAGCUGCUGUUCUUCCCUCUGCUACCCCAGUGCAGCAAGUUGCAUACCCUCCUGCUCCGGGACAACAACAUGGGUUUCUACAGAGACCUGUACAACACCUCGUCCCCUCGGGAGAUGGUGGCCCAGUUCCUGCUGGUGGAUGGCAACGUGACCAACGUCACCACGGUGGACCUCUGGGAGGAGUUCGCCUCCAGCGACCUGUCAGCCGUGCGCUUCCUGGACAUGAGCCAGAACCAGUUCCAUCAUCUGCCAGACGGCUUCCUGAAGAAAAUACCUUUCCUUUCCCACCUGAACCUCAACCAGAAUUGCCUGGUGAGGCUCCACAUCCGCGAGCGGGAGCCCCCAGGGGUGCUCACCGAGUUGGACCUGAGCCACAACCAGCUGGUGGAGCUGCGCCUGGCACCCGGGCUGGCCGGCUGCCUGGAGAACCUGCGCCUGUUCAACCUGAGCUCCAACCAGCUUCUGGGGGUCCCCGCUGGCCUCUUUGCCAGCGCCACCAACAUCACUACCAUUGACCUGAGCCACAAUCGGAUCUCACUCUGUCCCCGCCCGGCUCCCCCAGACCCUACGGAGGCCCCCAACUGUGUGGAUUUCAGAAACCUGGCCUCCUUGAGGAGCCUGUCUCUGGAGGGCUGUGGUUUGAGGGCCUUAGGGGAUUACUCAUUUCAGGGGACUGCCCUCACCCACUUAGACCUGUCCAGCAACUGGGGGAUCCUAAAUGGGAGCCUCCGCCCUCUGCAGGACGUUGCCCCCACAUUACAGGUUCUGUCCCUGAGGAACGUGGGCCUCAGUUCUGGCUUCAGGGACCUGGAGUUCUCUGGUUUUAGCAAUCUGCGGGACUUGGAUCUGUCAGGCAAUUCCUUGACCAGCUUCCCCAGGUUCCGGGGCAGCUUGGCCCUGCGGACGCUGGACCUCCGCAGGAACGCUCUCACCGCCCUGCCCCAGAGGGCCGCCUCCGAGCCGCUGCUGCUGGGUCUGCAUGCCAUCUACCUGAGCCAGAAUCCAUACGACUGCUGUGGGGUGGAGGGAUGGGGGUCCCUGGAGCACUUAAACACUGUUGCCGACUUGGCGAUGGUCACUUGCAACCUGUCCUCCAGGGUCAUUCGUGUGACGGAGCUUCCUAGGGGCAAGUUUCAGGACUGUAAGUGGGGGCAGGUGGACACGGGCCUGCUGUACCUCGUGCUCAUUCUGCCCAGCUGUCUCACCCUGCUGGUGGCUGGCACUGUCAUCUUCCUCACAUUUAAGAGGCCGCUGCUUCAGGUCAUCAAGGACCGCUGUCACUGGUCCUCGACGUACUGACGUGUCCCUGCCAAGGUUAGCAUUGGUUUGUGCGGGUAAGGAUGCUCUCUCUCUCUGCAAAAUGUGAAGAUCUUCUGCAGAGAACAAGUCUGAUGAGUUGAGGGUUAAGCACCUUGAAGUCCUCCCUCUGCCCCUGCAUUGUAGUCCUCCGCAUCCUGGCAAAAUAUUUAUUAAGUGGUUUUUCUAUAAAAGUAAAAGACGGGCCCUAUAAAUAUUUCUAAAUCCAACACA